GAGGGGCGCCGAGCCCCCGCCGCAGCCCCGCACGUCCCCGCCGCAGCCAGGAAGGCGGUGAUGGAGCAAGCUUCCCCAAAAUCAGCUAUUGCACAAAAUGGAUCACAUGAGUUUCUCUGAGAAGCCCAUGAAGCCCUGCUGUCAGCUCCACACAUGGUAUAAAUUACAGAGAAGUCCCAACGGGUGUAAAUUCUUCAACUGACCAAGCUGCAGCAACAGGAAAACUUCUCAGCCUGGCAGGAGCAGAGGUUUGGAUCCCAGGCAGCAAAACAGCACUGACCCUCAGCAGAGCCUUGGCUGCACCAUGACCGAGGAGCCCGGGCAGAAGGACAGCGAGCUCGGACACCCGCACUGCAGCAUGGGCUGCGGGCACAAGGACGACAAAGCCAGCCUGGCUUCCAGCCAGAUGGCACCUUUCAGCCACCAGCCCCCCUGCACUCCUGCCUCCAAGGAGGUGUGGAAGAAGGGUGGCCGCAUGUUCUCCAUCCUGCUGGCCGUGCACCUGGCCCUGCUGGCCUGCACGCUGGUCAGCAGCGGGGCCUUCGAGAAGAUCGCCGUGCACGACUACGACGUCUUCUUCCUGCUGACUGUCAUGAUGCUGGUUGUCAUCAUCUGGAUCAUCUUCUACCUGGCCGGCACCUCGCGCUGCCCGGGGGCCAUCCUGGGCAAGGACUCGCACGCCGGGCCCAUCUGGCUGAGAGGAGGCCUGAUCCUAUUUGCCAUUUUCAGCCUUGUCAUGGAUGUGUUCAAAAUAGGAUACUACUCAAGCUUCUACAGCUGCCUGUCUGCAAUCAAAAUCAUCUACCCCAUUGUGCAGGCAAUAUUUGUGAUUGUCCAGACAUAUUUCCUGUGGGUCUCUGCCAAAGACUGCAUCCACGUGCACCUGAACGUUACCAGGUGUGGCUUGAUGCUGACGCUGACUACAAACCUGGCAGUGUGGAUGUCAGCAGUGACAGACGAGUCUGUCCACAAGGCACAUUCAAAGCUGAAGAAAAACACGACAGAGGAAAUCUUCAGGUGGCUCCUGAAAGUGGGAAUGAGAAGCAGCUCGGUUGAAGAAUGCAAUUGCAACAGCCAAAUCUGCCAGAUCUUCAAAAAUGGCUACUUUUGGCUGUACCCCUUCAACAUUGAGUACAGCCUCUUUGCCUCUGCCAUGGUCUAUGUCAUGUGGAAGAAUGUUGGACGCUUCAUAGACCACCACUCCCACAACAUCCAGCGCCUUAAGUUCAGGCUCUUCCGAAGGACCUUCUUUGUAGGCAUCAUGUUGGGUCUCAUCAUCCUCGUGAGUGGUUUGGGAGUCCUCAUCCUGUAUGAGGUGCAGGUAAAUUCCAGCCCUGAAUCCAGCAAGAAGAGCCAAGCACUCACCAUGUACUACAUCUUCAACAUAGUUUGUCUGAGCCUGAUGUCCCUUGUCUGCAUCGCCGGCUCCGUCAUCUACCGGUUCGACAAGAGGGACAUGGACCGGCACAAGAACCCCACCAGGACCCUGGACGUGGCCCUGCUGAUGGGGGCAGCCCUGGGCCAAUAUGCCAUUUCCUACUACUCCAUUGUGGCCAUCGUGGCCAGCACGCCGAGGGACAGCAUUAGCGCGCUCAACCUCACCUACGCCCUGCUGAUGAUCGCCCAGCACACCUUCCAGAACGUCUUCAUCAUCGAGGGGCUCCACCGGCAGCCCCCCAAGGAGGACUGCAAGCACCAGGGCCACCAGAAGGAUCUCUACGGGCUCACCUUCGUCAACAUCAGCGCCGUGUCCCUGCGGGUGCCCGACACCGGCAGCACCACGGCAGCCACGCACAGUUCGGAGCUGGCGAGCUCUCUCACUGCCCCCAAGAAGAUGAACUGGAGGAGGAAGUUCUUGAGGGAGAUCUCCAUGUUCCUGCUGCUCAGCAAUAUCAUACUCUGGAUCAUGCCAGCCUUCGGUGCCCGGCCCCAGUUUGACAAUGACACAGAACUGAACUUCUAUGGCGAUUCCAUGUGGCCGGCCAUCGUGGACAUUUGCCUGCCCUUUGGGAUCUUCUACCGAAUGCACGCUGUGGCCAGUCUGCUGGAGGUCUACAUCAUGUCCUAAGGAGUUCUCUUGCUAGGAAGAUGAGAUCCUCCUCAAGCAAUCCACUCCUUCCUGCCCCAGGGCUGGGAAGCUGCUCAGAUGUUCCCAAGGGUCUCCAGCACUGCCUGAAUCGUGUCCCCUUGCAGUGCUGGAGCAUU